AUGUCGGCAUGUUUGAAAAUUCACAACAAUGAUGUCAUAACGACGUCAAAUAUACUGUACAGCCAAGUGAAAGACCAAAUCCUAAUUGGCCAAAACACAAACGGACGUCCAACUGCCGUACUCUCCGUCGCAACUAAACGACAAAACCAAAGUCUCCUUCAAAAACCGACGGUCCCACAACUCUUUAUUAUAUAUUUAUACCCCCGCCCGCUUGAAGCCGUAGUAGGACACUUGGCAACAGCCCAGAUAAACUUCUACCAGCCGAAAACCAAAAAAUAUAUCGGAAAACAAUUGGCUUUGAACAGUUCCGAUGGAGGCGGUGGUGGAAGGCCACCGGCUAGUUUUCCUUUGACACGGCAGUCAUCAAUCUAUUCAUUGACUUUUGAUGAGCUCCAAAGCUCCAUGGGGGGAAUUGGAAAGGAUUUUGGGUCAAUGAACAUGGAUGAGUUGCUGAAGAACAUAUGGAGUGCCGAGGAGAAUCAAAACAUGGGAUUUACUAGUGGAGCUGGUGGCCAAGGAGGGGUUGGCCAUUUGCAGCGGCAGGGAUCAUUGACGCUUCCACGGACACUGAGCCAGAAGACAGUUGAUGAGGUCUGGAGAGAGAGGUGGAAUGAGUAUAGUGGCGGGAAGAAUGAGAAUGGUGGUGUUAGUAACUUGAAUAUGCCUCAGAGGCAACAGACUUUAGGGGAGAUAACACUUGAAGAAUUCUUGCUGAAAGCGGGUGUAGUAAGGGAAGAUGCCCAGUUUGCUGGAAAACCUACCAGUAUUGGAGUUUUAGAUGAUUUGCCCGGCAGUGGGAACGAUACUGGAUUGGGAUUUCUAUAUCAACAGGCUAACAGGGAUGCAGGGCUGAUGACUUCUAGGGUUCUUGAAAGUAGUAAUCAGAUUGCUAUGCAGUCUUCUAAUUUACCAUUGCAGGUGAAUGGGUUCAGAUCUGCUGAACAACAGAUGAAGAGUCAACAACAGUUGGCGCAGCAAGAGCUCCUUCCCAAUCAGCCUGCCUUCAAUAGGAAUCAGAUUGAUAUGCAGUCUGCAAAUUUACCACUGAAUGUGAAUGGGGUCAAACCUGCUGGACAACAGCUGGAUAGACACCAAAGGCUGGUGCAGCAGAAGCAGCAGCACGAGCUUCUUCCAAAGCAGCCUGCCUUGUCUUAUGGAGCUCCCAUGGGUAUUCCAAGUAGUGGACAGUUGAGCAGUCCAGCAACUAGGGGCGGGAUUCUUGGGAUUUCUGAUCCAGUGAUGACUAAUAAUUUGGUUCCAAGUGCAGGCCUACAGGGUGGAGGACUUGGGGUGGUUGGUUUAGGAACUGGGGGUUUUUCUGUUGCUACAAGAUCUCCGGCUUUUUCAAAAGAUGGGCUUGCAAAGAGUAAUGGAGAUACAUCUUCCAUAUCACCAGUCCCUUAUGUGUUUAGUGGCAGCUUACGGAGCAGAAAAGGUGCUGCUUUGGAAAAAGUUGUGGAAAGGAGGCAGAAAAGAAUGAUAAAAAACAGAGAAUCAGCUGCAAGAUCACGAGCUCGGAAGCAGGCAUACACAAUGGAGUUGGAAGCAGAAAUUGCCAAACUGAAGGAGGAAAAUCAAGGUAUGCAGAACAAACAGGCAGAAAUAAUUGAAAUGCAGAAGAAUCAGGUUCUGGAGACGAUGAAUCAGCAGAAUGGAGCAAAUCAACAAUGCUUGAGACGUACACAAACGGGGCCAUGGUGA